UCAGCUACGAUCCUCGCCUGCACAGUGGAUUUAAAAUCAACUGCAGAUUGCUGAAGAAUUGCACUUCAGGUGGUCUCAAGAGACAGGAGAAGCAGGUCUUCACUAUAAUGGAAGAGGCCAGGAGCUCAAAGAAUGGAAAUCAUGACCCAAGGAAGUCUGUCCGUCUCGUCUGUGAGGAGGGCAAAGCAGUCAGAGUUACAAAUAAUCAAAAUUUUAAGCAUAAUAGAAAUGACAAAUCCGUGAAGGAUGUCGGGAGAAGUUCUCCAAGUGGGAAUAGCAGCAGAAAAAGUAAACAAAAUGAUGUUUGUUCUGAAAAACAAGGAGAAAAUAAAUCAUGCAAAGUUAAUAGUUGUAUUCCUGGAAGUAAAGAUACGGGGUCAAACGUUCAGGAUCGAAGUCAUGGAAAAGCAAAAAAAUUUUCUAAUUUAUCAGCAGCUGCAGAGAACCUGAAACAGACAAAAGCUCAACCAUUGGGAGAAAACUUUCCAGGCUCCCAUGUUUCAGGGAACGGGGUCAGUACAGAAAGCUUAGCAGCUGCACAGAAAGGGAAACUGCUGUUGGAAAAUCCAGUGGGAACUCAUACUUUGAAGGCUGGUGUUGAUCAGACUGGUGAACCUGGUAAGACUGCUUCAGAUCAAAGAAAAAUGGAACAUAAGCUCGAUGACUUCAGUAAAAUGAAGAAUUCUGAAUCAACUAAAGAACAUCCUUUGGAAGCUGAUUACUUAGAAACCACCACUGUUAUUGAUGAAUCUAAUCUGACAGCUGAACAGCAACUAGGAUUGAAACAAGGUCUGGAAAGAGAUUAUAUCUCCCGACUUGAAAAACGCUCCCCAGAAUACACCAACUGUCAGUAUCUAUGCAAGCUCUGCUUAGUUCACAUUGAAAACAUCCAGGGAGCUCACAAGCAUAUUAAAGAAAAACGCCACAAGAAAAAUAUAAUGGAAAAACAAGAAGAAAAUGAGCUGCGUGCCCUCCCACCUCCCUCUCCUGCACAGUUGGCUGCCCUGAGUUUUACACUCAUUGAGGCAGCAAAUGAACAAGGCAUAUCAGAUGAUGACUUCAGAAUUCGUCAAGAAAUUGUAAACGAGAUGGAGAAAAUUAUCCAACAGCCUUUACCAGACUGUUCACUGAGGAUGUAUGGCUCCUGUUUAACUAGGUUUGCUUUUAAGACCAGCGAUGUUAACAUUGACAUCAAAUUCCCCCCUAAGAUGAGUCAGCCAGAUGUUCUGAUACAGGUGCUUGAAAUCUUGAAGAACAGUGCUGUCUACACAGAUGUGGAGUCAGAUUUCCAUGCCAAAGUUCCUGUUGUCUUUUGCAAAGAUGUUAAAAGUGGUUUGACAUGUAAAGUAAGUGCUAGAAAUGAUGUGGCUUGCCUUACAACUGACUUGCUGGCUGCACUUGGUAAACUGGAGCCUGUCCUUAUUCCCUUGGUUUUGGCUUUCCGCUACUGGGCUAGGCUCUGCCACAUUGACUGUCAGGCUGAAGGUGGGAUUCCCUCAUAUUCCUUUGCCUUAAUGGUGAUAUUUUUUCUUCAACAAAGACAACCACGUAUUUUACCAUCCUAUUUGGGCAAUUGGAUUGAAGGCUUUGAUUCGAAGAGGCCAGAUGACCACCAGCUGAAAGGUGUAGAAGAAGAGGAGUUUGUACGGUGGGAGUACAAACCACCAACAAACGGUGCAGCGAAAAACUCUGUGGGAGCAGAAAGUAAAACUAAAGUUGAGCAACAAAAAGGUGGUGGCAAGAAGGCAACGAGCUCGGAAGUGGACAACCAAAGUAAUGCCAAGGAGAAACACGGCAAUUCUCUCUUAGCAUUCAAAACCCCUCAUCAAGUUUCACUGGGGCAACUGUGGUUAGAACUGUUGAAGUUUUACACACUGGAAUUUGCUUUGGAGGAAUAUGUCAUCAGCAUACGGGUACAAGAACUCUUAACCAGAGAGAAUAAAAACUGGCCUAAAAGGCGGAUAGCCAUUGAAGACCCUUUUGCACUAAAGAGGAAUGUUGCACGAAGUCUGAAUAGCCAGAUGGUAUUUGAGUACAUCCUGGAGCGAUUUAGGACAGCCUAUAAAUAUUUUGCAUGUCCACAAAGUAAAGAUGGGAUUAAAUCCAAGCCAGAUACCAAGAAAAAAGAAAAAGGGAAAAUGAAUAAUAAGAAAUCCACCAGAUCUGAGGAGCCUGUAGCCAACUGUUGCCUUCCACAAGGGGAAAAAGUUGUGGAUAAAGAAAAUAGAGAAAGUGGAUGUAACAUACCACAGAAUGAACUUGAAUGUAAUGAAGUGGUAGAAGCUGUAGCCAAAAGAUGUACUUCCAAGAACACAGACUCUCUGCUACUUUCAACAUUGGACUCUAGUUACGAUGAAGACAAAGAAGAGGCUUUAUCCCUUAUUUCUAAUGAAUGCUGUGAAUUAAAGCAAAAAUCACUUAAAGAGAGGGAUGAUUUAGAAGUUUCAGUUUGUGCAGCUGAAGGUGAGCUAAGCCACCGUUGUAAGUGCAGCGAACAUCAGCCCUAUGACACAAAUUCUGGUAAUGAAUUUUCUGAUGCUGAGAGCAGACAGAGUUUGGUAACAGAGUCUUCUCAGAAGAGUAAGUGCACUGGCACACCAGCUACCUCUCCCAACUGCAAAGCAACCCUGGAAGCUCAUGAGCUCAGAGAUGAAGGCAGACUCUCCACAGAAGAAAUGCAUUAUGUGUUUGAUAAGAUUAUUUUGACUUCAGGAAAGCCACCGACUAUAGUAUGCAGCAUCUGCAAACGGGAUGGACAUUCCAAAAAUGACUGCCCAGAGGAUUUCAAGAAAAUUGAUUUAAAACCACUACCACCAAUGACAGACAGAUUUCGGGAAAUACUUGAUAUAGUGUGUAAAAGAUGUUUUGAUGAAUUAUCCCCUCCUUUAUCUGAACAACAAAACAGAGAACAAAUUCUGGCAAGUUUGGAAAGAUUUAUUCGAAAAGAAUAUAAUGACAAAGCCAGACUUUGCUUGUUUGGCUCUUCAAAGAAUGGAUUUGGAUUUCGGGACAGUGAUCUAGAUAUCUGCAUGACUUUGGAAGGCCAUGAAAAUGCAGAGAAAUUAAACUGUAAAGAAAUAAUAGAAGGUUUGGCAAAAGUUCUUAAGAAGCAUCCAGGUUUGAGAAACAUCUUGCCUAUAACAACAGCCAAAGUGCCUAUAGUAAAAUUUGAACACAGAAGGAGUGGCUUAGAAGGAGAUAUCAGUUUGUACAAUACACUGGCACAGCAUAACACAAGAAUGUUGGCUACAUAUGCAGCUAUUGAUCCUAGGGUGCAGUAUCUGGGCUAUACAAUGAAAGUUUUUGCAAAGCGCUGCGACAUUGGUGAUGCAUCCCGUGGUAGUCUGUCUUCGUAUGCCUAUAUUCUCAUGGUUUUAUACUUUCUACAGCAGAGAAAUCCACCAGUAAUUCCAGUUCUUCAGGAGAUAUUUGAUGGAAAACAGAUUCCACAAAGAAUGGUAGAUGGAUGGAAUGCCUUUUUCUUUGAUGACAUGGAAGAAUUGAAGAGGCGCCUGCCCUCCCUCGGGAAGAACACGGAGUCCCUGGGAGAGCUCUGGCUGGGGCUGCUGCGCUUCUACACCGAGGAGUUCGACUUCAAGGAGUACGUCAUCAGCAUCCGGCAGAAGAAGCUGUUGACCACCUUUGAGAAGCAGUGGACAUCCAAGUGCAUUGCCAUUGAAGAUCCUUUUGACUUGAAUCAUAAUCUCGGUGCUGGAGUCUCCAGAAAAAUGACCAAUUUCAUAAUGAAGGCAUUUAUCAAUGGGAGAAAAUUAUUUGGUACCCCAUUCUACCCGACUGUUGGAAGAGAAGCUGAAUACUUUUUUGACUCAAAAGUGCUGACAGAUGGGGAAUUGGCACCCAAUGACAGAUGUUGUCGUGUCUGUGGAAAAAUUGGUCACUACAUGAAAGACUGUCCAAAGAGGAGGAGGUAAGUCAUGUACAAAGCUAACAAAAUCUGAGCUCAAAUCAGGAGAGAUUUAGAUAUUUGAAAUUUUAAUGGAAAUGAAGAAUAUAAAAAGGAGAAUGAGAAAGAUGAUGAAAAAGAAUUAAAAGAAGAUGACAGAGAAACAAGAGAGAAAAGGUGUUUUAUCUGUGGGGAUGUGGGUCAUGUUAGAAGAGAUUGUCCAGAAUUCAAACAAACCCGUCAGAGAAAUAACAGCGUGCCAGGCACCCAGCUGGUCCGAAGCAUGGUAAACUCCCAGCUCGUGGCUGUCAGUCAGCAGCAGGUGGAGCGACCCUUGCGCACUAGGCAGUCCUCUGAAUGUUCUGAUUCGCAUCAGUCAUCUUACUCUCCACAGCCUCAACAAUUUACACAGAAUUCCUCUCAGCCAGCCUCCAUUAACCAGACUCAGCCACAACCAAUGUCCCAGUCUAAGCACGUUCCGCAACCCCAGCAGGGUGCACAGCCACCCCAUCAGGUCCAGCUGCCUUUGUUUAACUUUCCCCAAUCUCCCCCAGGUCAGUAUUCCACCUUGCAUAACCUGGGACUACUUCAGAUGCACCAUCACCACCAAAUUCAGCUUCCCAACACUUCUUGGCCUAUUCACGGGCCUGUUAUUCACUCUGCACCGGGUAACCCUCCUCAUUCUACAAAUAGCAGUGUAAGCUUGAACGAUCCCAGUAUCAUCUUUGCACAGCCUGCUGCCAGGCCCAUGGGAAUCCCCAGCACUUCUCAUGAGGGACACUGGCACAAUCCCGUGACUCCAAACUCACUGGUGAACAAUGGCACUGUGGGGAAUUCAGAUCAGGGUUUCCAAGGACAGUUUGGUAAAAUGAACCCUCCUUCUGUCCCUUGGGACCAUGGGACCCCUACCCAUUUUCCUCUCCUCCGAGGAGCGUGGCCUUACAAUAUGCCUCAGAACUACAUGCAGCAGGGAAAUGCCAGCUUUCCACCGAACAAACCUUUCUACCCUCAAGCUGGUCCACUGAUGCAGAGUAACCAGCGGUUCUCGCUUCUGUCUCAAGGACACCCGCACUUGAAUCUGAAUUACAUUCAACAGAAAAAGUGAAAUUAAAUGAGAGGGUGGGUGGGUGGGGUGGGGGGAGGAAGAAAAUUCAGGUUCUGAUUUAAAAUCUUAAUGCAACAUGUUUAGAUACGAGAUUAUUUAAGACUGUUUUUAAACUGUAUCAUUUGUACAUAGAUAUGAACUAUAGUUUUUACUAGUAUCACAAAACGGAGUGAUACAAAUUUCAUCUAUUUUAUUACCCUAUUUUUAAGGGGAAUUGUGUUUUGGUUUAUCUUGAUAAACUGUAAAGAGAGAAUUUUUAAAAUUAAGUUCUUUAUUUUCUAUUAGCUGUAUUCAUACUUUGGUUGCUUCAGACUUUAUAUAUAUUGUUCUAAAAAAAAAUAAAAUUAGAAGGGGAUUUCAUGUGUUUAAAAAUUUGUCACUUCUAUUCUUUACAGAACUAUGUAGUGCCAAAAAACUUUUUAAAAAGAAAAAUAAAACUACAAAAAAAGGACAU